AUGUCAGGAAAUCUGCUAGAGGUCCCAAAAUUCGAAACAAAACGAAAAUUCUCGAUACCAGUCUGCAUAGGGUCACUUCUACCUGAACCAGGGUCCAGCCUGACGGCAAGACGGAGAUUGAGUAAUGUGAGUGAUGCAGUCACCAGAAAAUUAUCGACAACCAUUGGUUUGGGUUGGAGAAACCACACGAUACCUACACAGACCAUAAUUGAUCAGGGAAGACAUUUAGCUGUCCGCUAUGUAUUAGGUCGAACCCGUCGCAGUGGUUCUCGAGCUGUGCGCCGUGUUGCUCUUCAACGUUUGAGGAACACUGAUAUAAGCCAACAGGACAAUUCGGAGAAAAAUAGUCAAGAGAUCUCUGCUGUUACAGCUAAAGUUUAUCCGAUAUUGUUAGCAAUAGGUUUAGAAAUGGAACGAUCUCAUCCAAGUGUCUACACACAUAUAACCAGACAAGCCUGCAUGACUCCAAUGUUGACUUCCAAUGAUGCACCAGCCACCAUUUUGUGUAAUGUCUCACGAGGAAUUUUCAAACAGGGAAUAACUUGGCCAAAGAUAGUGUCCCUGUUUUGUAUUUGUGGAGGCCUAGCCGUAGACUGUCUUCAACAAUCCAAAGCAGAUGCCCUACCAAGACUUAUCGAAGCCUUUGGUGAAAUUGUAGAAUACGAACUAAUCAUUUGGAUAAACGCUCACGGAGGAUGGAUGGGGCUCUGCAACAAGUAUCAGCAGCACGAAGUCGAAGAAUCAUCACUCACCUACAUAACAACAAUAUUAAUAGGAUUAAUAAAAUCUUCAUCGACUAAAAACUUAAGCAAAUCUUAUUGCACAUUAACAACAAAUUACUGUUUUUGUCAAUAUACAUUAACUGAAGACUCCAUAAAUAUUAUCUGUAUAUUAGAGCCCCCAUACGAAUAA